AUGUAUUUGACUGUUCAAACGUUAUCACAUGAUGGUUCGAGAGGAAGGGGUGGCUUCUCGGGAAGUCGCGGAGGACGAGGUGGUAGCCGUGGUGGUGGCCGCGGAGGCGCUCGAGGUGGAGGUAGAGGAGGUGCUCGUGGAGGACGAGGUGGCGCCCGCGGAGGACGAGGAGGAGCGCGCGGAGGAAUGAGAGGAGGAGCUAAAGUGACUAUCGAGCCCCAUAAAUUCAAAGGUGUCUAUAUAGCCCAUUCGUCUAAGGAGGACGUUUUGUGCACAUUAAACUUUGCUCCGGGAAAAACGGUGUAUGGAGAGAAGAAGAUCUCUGUGGACGUGCCUGGAACCAUCGGCGAGAAGAAGGAGUACAGACAGUGGAAUCCUUUCCGUUCUAAGCUGGGUGCUGCCGUUAUCGGUGGUAUUCGUAAUAUCUACAUGCAGCCCGGUAGCAAGGUCCUUUAUCUGGGAGCUGCAUCAGGCACAACCGUAUCUCACGUCUCCGAUAUCGUGGGUCCCACCGGUCUCGUCUACGCGGUGGAGUUCGCCCAUCGUCCGGGUCGUGAUCUGAUCAAUGUGGCGAAGACGCGUCCGAACAUCGUUCCGAUCAUCGAGGAUGCGCGCCAUCCGCUGAAGUACCGCAUGCUGGUGGGCAUGGUGGACACGAUCUUCGCGGAUGUGGCGCAGCCGGACCAGGCGCGUAUCGUGGGAAUCAACGCGAAGUACUUUUUGAAAACGGGCGGGCACUGCGUGAUCUCCAUCAAGGCCAGCUGCAUCGACUCCACCGCCUCUGCGGAGGCCGUGUUUGCCGCUGAGGUGCAGAAGCUGCGCGAAGAGAAGUUCAAGCCGCUGGAGCAGCUGACGCUGGAGCCGUACGAGCGUGAUCACGCGAUGGUGACGGGCGAGUACCGACCGUAGAGCAGCGAUGGAGAGAGGAAGAGACGAGUCGUGGAGGAACGUAGAUAGCCGAACCCUGUUGUUU